AUGUCAUUCGUGCAAAAACAUGCGCGUGCGCCAACGUUGUUUAGAAAAAAUAAAAAAUAUUUUGUAAAUAUAAAACUGUUAGUAGAGUACAAAAUGAUUCAAACUGUGACAUCUCUUCUGGUUCUUAUAAUGUCUGUGACGGGACAAGUAGUGCAAGCUUCGGAUUUUGUGUCGCCGUGUCCAAGUGUAUUCAAAUAUGAACCACCGGGAACUGAAGCUGGGAAAUGGUACGGUGUAGUGAACUUCACUUCGGAGUUUACCCUCUACGGUCUUUGGAUGAACAUUGUGCUUGAUAGCAAGGCUGAUAUUCUUGGGAACUGGAUAGGCGAGGUGACAACCGACGACAAUAUAGACUUCAAAAUAGAAAAUACUAAAACGAAAAUCAGUCCCGAGGAACCUCUUAGUAUACGUUUCUUUGUUCAAUACAAAGCUCAAAACGUAACACCUAAGUUAAAGGCCAUAAGGGUUAAUGGGAGAGAAAUAUGUAACAUAGAAAUCCCUCGAGUUACAGAAAUUCCAAAACCUGUAACAGAACCAGUUGUUUAUGAUGUAUGGCCCAGAGCAACCGAUACAACUACUGUGAGACCAGCAGUGACAUCAACGACAAGCAGUUACAAACACCAGCCGACAACAACGCAAUCAUAUUGGUACCAACUACUAGACAAGCAACGAACUAGUACAAAAUCGUACUGGACACAAACAACCACGCCAAAUGUUUACCCAGUGAAACCCGUUGAUAAACAAACUACGACAGUAAAGCCACAAUUCUGGACGGAAGCAAAAACUACAGAAAGCACCACACGAACUACUUCAAAACCUCAAUACUGGCAACAAACGACCUUAAAACCAAUUUAUUGGACUAAAAGUGAAGACAAAACACAGACAACUGCAAAAUCUCAAGUCUGGCCUUACGUGAAAGUAGAUAACACCCAACAAACUAAAGUUGAAGAUAAAAUAAAUGCUACUACAGAAAAUAAUAAAGUUCAAACAUGGUCGCACAGUAGAGUUUCUAGCAACCAGCACACGAAAGCUCAUGAAAGAAACAAAACUAAAGGUCAUAGUCAUGAUCAUACUCAAAACUCAAGCAACUGGCCCAAAAAUAAUGAAGUACAAAAUGUAGAAAGUAAUCAUCAAUCAAACACAUCGGUCUAUAUACAGAAUGCAAAUGAAAGUACAUACUACACUACAGAUAAAUCUGUAGUUUGGCCAGUUGCGAAGAUGACAGAGAACCAAACGACUUUGAUAACUGAUACUAAAAUAGGAAACAGCUCACAAGCUCUCAAUAAAAAAGAAGUACAUACAAAACAUUGGCCGAAAAUUCCAUCAGAUAAUACCACUUCAGUAGUGGCAAAACCAACUGGAACGGACAGUUCAUCUUUCAUUUGGGUUGAGAGUCAAACGGCGUAUUCUGGAACCGAUCAUCAGAACCAAUCAUACAGUAAACUAUCAGUAACACCCAUUCGCACAAAACCUUUGCUUCAGAUAACUCCAAUUUACGUUCGACCAGAAGAUAAAGAAAGGGUAUCAGACAAAAGAUAUGAAACUGCACAGUAUUCAGAGGAAACAAGUAGGUACGAACCUGAAAAGGUUCAACGAGUAAGUCCAGUAGCUUACGAAAAGAGUGAUAUGACAUAUGACACUGAGGAAGAAGACCGUCUAGUAGUGAAACCAAUAAAAAGAACUGAUGGAGAUGAGCAGAAACCUAACUGGUCUGGUGAAAGAACUUCAGACUAUUUUGGAGAUAGCCCUCAGAGUUAUAUUGGGCAUAACACUAAGAACAAAAUGAGAUUGGAAUCCGAGGAUGAGAGCUAUAUUAAAUAUAGUGAUGAUAUAAUGAAGAAUUUGGCUGAAAAUGCAAAUUCACAUUUCAAUAGUUACCAGCUGACUACAGACGCACCACCUGCAGCCCUAUUCUAUAAAUCUGAAGAUUAUGACAUUCCGAGGAAGGAAGACAAGAUCGAGUACUAUGUCGGUGGACUACCCAUCUUCUACAUACCCAACCAUGCACCUCGACCUAAGAUGGAACUAAUAUGUGGAAACGUUUUAAUGAACAAGGACAAGAAAAGCAAUCGAAGUGUAACAGCGACUUUGGAGGGACAGUGGCCGUGGCAAGUAGCACUGUACCAACAACAAACUUCAGUGGACUUCAGGUACAUAUGUGGAGGUACCCUGGUGUCGAAACGCCACGUCGUCACAGCUGCCCACUGCGUCACUAAAAAGUUUUCUACCAGGGUGGUCAACCAGAACACCCUGACGGUCUACCUGGGGAAGCAUAACUUGAGGAACUCCGUUGAAGGAGUACAAGUGAAGUUUGUAAGCAGAAUAUUCGUCCAUCCAGAAUAUAACUCGACAAUCUUCAGUUCCGACCUGGCAAUCCUGGAGCUUCGAGAUGAGGUGACAUACUCCGAGCGAGUCCAGCCUGCAUGUCUCUGGCCGGAAAAUGAGAAGGAUCUGAAAUUUGUCGUGGGAGAAAGGGGAUCCGUGGUAGGUUGGGGCUACGAGAGUACAGGGAAGGCGAGGGAGGAGCUGACACUACUGGAGAUGCCUGUGGUAGACCAGCAGACCUGUGUCAAUUCCUACGAACAAUUCUUUGGAAUAUUCACCUCUGAUAAGACGUACUGCGCUGGAUAUAGAGACGUCGGCUCAGCAUGCAACGGCGACAGUGGAGGCGGCAUGGUCUUCGAGAAGGAUGGCUCCUGGUACCUCAGAGGAGUAGUGUCCCUUUCUGUAGCUAAGAAAGGAGUCUACAGAUGUGACCCUACUCAUUACGUCAUAUUCACUGACGUCGCCAAGUUCUUACCCUGGGUAGAAGAGCAUAUUGAAGACAGUAUUUAA